GGCGGCCGCAGCAGCAGCAGCAGCAGCGGGGCGGUGGUGGCGGCUGCCGGCAGCUGUCAGCCCCCGCUCCGCCGGCGCCCACCGCCCGCCUGUCACCGCUUCGGGGGGGGGGGUGGAGGAAGCACUGAGUGCGCCGAGGUGCUGACCCGCUUCCUUCCUUCCCUCCCUCCCUCUCUCCGGUCCUUUCUCUCCCCCCCAAAAAAACCCUUUUCCUUCCUCCCUUCCGCCCGCCCAUCGCUGACAUCCUCCUCCGGCCGCCUCCCCGCCCCGGGCUGCGCGGCCCCCGCCGCCCCAGCGAGCGCUGCGCACAUCGCCCGAGCUGCAGCACCGAGCGAAUGUAUGAAAACAUGUCCACAAUGGUGUAUUUAAAGGAAGAGAAGUUGGAGAAGCUUACUCAAGAUGAAAUCAUUGCCAAAACUAAGCAAGUGAUCAAUGGACUAGAGGCACUGAAGAAUGAACACAAUUCAAUUUUACAGAGCUUACUUGAAACACUGAAAUGUUUGAAGAAAGAUGAUGAAACUAAUCUGGUUGAAGAAAAAUCAAACAUGAUUCGAAAGUCACUGGAAAUGCUGGAGCUUGGCCUUAGUGAAGCACAGGUAAUGAUGGCCUUGUCAAAUCACUUAAAUGCAGUGGAAUCAGAGAAGCAGAAACUGCGUGCUCAGGUUCGCCGGCUGUGCCAGGAAAAUCAGUGGCUACGGGAUGAACUAGCCAAUACACAGCAGAAACUACAGAAAAGUGAGCAGUCUGUGGCUCAGCUGGAGGAAGAAAAGAAACAUCUAGAAUUCAUGAAUCAAUUAAAAAAAUAUGAUGAUGACAUUUCACCAUCAGAGGAUAAAGAUACGGAUUCCACCAAAGAGCCUUUGGAUGACUUGUUUCCCAAUGAUGAGGAUGACCAAGGACAAGGAAUUCAACAGCAGCAUAGCAGUGCAGCAGCUGCUGCCCAACAAGGUGGCUAUGAAAUUCCAGCAAGAUUACGGACCCUUCAUAAUCUUGUUAUUCAGUACGCUUCCCAAGGGAGAUAUGAGGUUGCUGUGCCUCUCUGUAAACAAGCUCUUGAAGAUCUGGAGAAGACUUCGGGUCAUGACCAUCCUGAUGUUGCCACUAUGUUGAACAUACUUGCUUUGGUGUACAGAGACCAGAACAAAUACAAAGAUGCAGCAAAUCUCCUGAAUGAUGCCUUGGCUAUCCGUGAAAAGACUUUGGGCAAAGAUCAUCCAGCGGUGGCAGCAACUCUAAACAAUCUUGCAGUACUUUAUGGUAAACGGGGAAAGUACAAAGAAGCUGAACCACUGUGUAAGCGAGCUCUGGAAAUCAGAGAAAAGGUCCUGGGGAAAGAUCACCCUGAUGUUGCCAAACAAUUAAAUAAUUUGGCUUUGCUAUGCCAGAACCAGGGUAAAUAUGAGGAGGUUGAAUACUACUAUCAGAGGGCACUUGAAAUCUACCAAACUAAGCUGGGACCAGAUGACCCAAAUGUUGCGAAAACAAAGAACAAUCUGGCAUCCUGCUAUCUAAAACAGGGCAAGUUUAAGCAAGCGGAAACUUUAUACAAAGAGAUUCUUACUCGCGCCCAUGAACGGGAGUUUGGCUCUGUAGAUGAGGAAAAUAAGCCUAUCUGGAUGCAUGCAGAAGAGAGGGAAGAAUGCAAAGGGAAGCAAAAAGAUGGCACAUCUUUUGGAGAAUAUGGUGGCUGGUACAAAGCUUGCAAAGUUGACAGUCCAACAGUAACAACUACUUUAAAGAACCUUGGGGCACUUUACAGACGACAGGGCAAAUUUGAAGCUGCUGAAACAUUAGAAGAGGCAGCAAUGAGAUCUCGUAAACAGGGUCUUGACAAUGUUCACAAACAGAGAGUUGCUGAAGUGCUGAAUGACCCUGAGAGCAUAGAGAAAAGGCGGAGCCGGGAAAGCCUCAACGUGGAUGUGGUAAAGUACGAGAGUGGCCCUGACGGAGGCGAGGAAGUGAGUAUGAGCGUAGAGUGGAACGGGGCCUAGAUGCCUUUUGUGAUUCUUAUACUGUCUCCUGCAUGACGGGCGUGCACCAUCUUCAAGCUUUAACUUCUCUCUUCAGUACUGACUGCUGUGUUUUAGCAAACCCCUUAAGAUUCUUGUCAGAGCUACACUUCCCUGUAAACUGGCCAUUCCUUCAGUGCUGGUGUCUUUUUUGGUUUUCUAUUUCUGUACAUGUGUAGCUUUGCCAGAUAUGUAUCUAGUCAUACAAAAUGUUAUUACAACCAUUUGCUGUGUAAUACAUUAGUAAAAAAAAACCAAAACCCAGACAAGUAACAAUGACCUUUAUAAGUAGCUGUUCACUAUGGAAUAAAGGUAGUUAAAAGUAUCACACAAGGUAUUAUUGAAAUGGCAUGAUGGUGAUCUUUACAGGAGAAAAACCAAACCCGUAAAAGUAAGGCAUGUUCUCCAAGUGCUUUAAAAUGUAUUUAGAGACCUAUUAUAUGGUUAACAUCAAUAUGGAACUCUGGAUGUCUUCACUUAUGAUUAUUCUAAAGUAGCAUUGCUGUUUAGUCUUUGUGUGAGAUUUUGGCAAUUAUGCUUUUCUCUACUAAUCUUGGUGUUCAGUGAUUUGUGUAUUUGUCUUUCUAACUUCUAAUAAACUCACUCCAACUCAGG